GUGAGGAGAAAAUGGGUCGAGAGACUAGAAGUCAGGAUUUUUGUCGCUGUUGUUUGGGGUUUGGGCUUUUGCCAAACAAUCCCACUUUUAAAUGGCUUGGGAAGAGUGAGGAAAACUGCUCCAGGACAAGGCAGGCGGUUGGGAGCGGCGGACGGCCAGAGCGGCGCGCUGCGUGUCGGGGCUGCGAGGGGCGUUUCCGGUUAGCGGAUCGCUGGAGAGGGCGUCGCCGGCGUCAGGCGUCCUGGCCUGGCCAGCCGCGACCUGGGGAGCGAUUUAAACGCCGACUGGGUCUAGACCUGGCCUCACAGUUGCUGCGGGGGUUGAAGGACCAGAUCUUGACCGUUCACCCUGGGGCCGGUACCGAGGGGAUGGCGAUAUUCAGGCCCAAAGUAGCCACGGCCGUUGUGCAGAAAGGGGGCCCUCGCCUCAGCCUCCGUGCCGAAGGGGGUUCUGCGCGUUAACAUGGCUGCUUGCCCAGGUCCUUGGUCUAGCACAGCAGGAGCAGCUCUGAUUGGGAAGAAGUCAGCGCCCGCUCUGGCAGCCAGAGGGGAGCAGCGCUGUACUGUUGAGGGGCGUGGGAUGUGGCCCGGGCCCAGAAAGCGGCUGGAAGAUGCUGCAGACCAGCAACUACAGCCUGGUGCUGGCCCUGCAGUUCCUGCUGCUGGCCUACGACCUCUUUGUCAACGCGUUCUCCGAGCUCCUCCGGACGGCCCCUGUCGUCCAGCUGGUGCUGUUCAUGACCAGCCCCACAAGGGACAGGACGCGGGAGGAAAGGAACCCUCAGAAGUAACCAGCAGCAUCCAGGACAUUGCGGUCCUCUUCAACGUCAUCAUCAUCUUCCUCAUGUUCUUCAACACCUUCGUCUUCCAGGCCGGUCUGGUCAGCCUCCUGUUCCGUAAGUUCAAAGGCACCAUCAUCCUGACGGCCGUGUACUUCGCCCUCAGUAUUGCCCUCCACGUCUGGGUCAUGAACCUACGCUGGAAAAACUCGCAGAACUUCGUGUGGACGAAUGGGCUGCAGGCGCUGUUCGUGCUCCAAAGGCUGGCAGCAGUGCUGUACUGCUACUUCUAUAAGCGCACCGCCAUGCGCCUGGGCGACCCCCGCUUCUACCGCGACUCUCUGUGGCUGCGCAAGGAGUUCCUGCAGGGCUCUCGGUGACGCCGCCCUUCCUGGACGAGGCCACCGUGGCUGCUCUGCAGGGUGCCAGCCGUCACACCAGGCACCGCUGGCACAGAGGACAGGCCCGGCCGGCCGUGUCUCAUCAGGGUCCAUCCUCCGGCGCCACCGCAGUCCCUGAGCCUCGCCGGCUCUGCUCAGCCGCCCGCUUUCCCUCGCCCCUCCAUCCUGAGGGCUCCAUGGGGACAGCGGACGCCCAGCCCCUGUUGUCCAGGAGCCGCCUGGAGUGAUUAAGGGUGCCACAAGCUUGGGCUCCAAGCUCUGACCAGCUGCACAGUAGACAUUUAGAUGUGUACCAGGGGACGUGUUUACAUUUUAUAAAUAGGAAAUAAAUUGAACUCCUUUGCUACAAAGA